AUGUUCCUAACUACUGAAGCUGCUUACUUACCAGAAGGAGAACUGGAUCACUGUCCAAUGAUUAUGAGCUGCUACAAUGUUCAACAGAAGAAACCAUUCAGAUUCUACAACAUGUGGAUCGACUCUGAGUGUUUUAUUCCCCUCGUUGAGACAAAUUGGAACAAACCUGUACAUGGAUGCCAUAUGUUUAGAGUUCUGCAGAGGCUAAAAUGGAUCAAGGCUGAAUUCAAGCUUCUGAAUAAAACAUGUUUUCAUUCAGUUGAAGCUACUGACAUCAAGACCCACUCUGAUCUCCUCAUGGCUCAGAAUGCCCUUCAUGCAACACCUGGUGACAGUCAUCUAGCCACUGUGGAAAAGGAAGCCAAUGAAGCUUAUCAAAGGGCUCAUCAGAAUUACCUCUCUUAUCUUCAUCAAACAGCCAAGCUCAAGGAAGUGAAUGUAACUUCUAUCUCUCUUGUUCCCAAACUGACAGUGGCAAACUUUGUGAGUGACUUCAGACCCAUAGCAUGUUGCUCUGUGAUUUACAAGUGUAUCUCCAAGAUUAUGUGCUCUAAACUCAGCCAAAUCCUUCCAGAUAUAAUCUCUCCUACUCAAGGGGCCUUCGUUGCAGGCAGAUCUAUUCUACACAAUGUGAUGAUUUGUCAAGAUAUCAUUAAGUUAUAUAAUAGAGGGAAUUCUAGGCCAAGCUGUAUGAUGAAAUUAGAUCUCAAGAAAGCUUAUGGCACUGUAGAAUGGAAGUUUAUUGAAGAAGUAAUGGAUGAAUUUGGCUUCCCUUCUCAUUUCAUCCAACUGGUAAUGACUUGCCUUACCACCACUCAGUACUCUCUUCUCAUUAAUGGAGUUCCUUCUCCACUUAUCCAACCUAAGAGAGGGCUAAGGCAAGGGGACCCUCUCUCCCCUCUCCUGUUCACUCCAUGCAUGGAGUACUUCUCCAGAACAAUGAAACUGGUUGCUUCACACCCCAACUUCAGAUUCCAUUCCAGAUGCAAAACACUGAAACUUAAUCAUCUCUGCUUUGCAGAUGAUCUUCUUCUAUUCUGUAAUGGGGAUGUGACCUCUUUUCAGUUGAUGUUAGAGGGCUUAAAGUUGUUCUCUUCUACCACUGGUCUGCAGAUAAACCCUAGCAAGUCCUCUAUCUACUGCAGUGGGUUAGAUACUCACACCAAAAACUGUCUUGCUACUCUCUACGGUUACACUAUAGAUUGUCUUCCUUUUAAAUACUUAGGGGUAUCAAUCAUCUCCAAGAAAAUUCAAGCAGGUGACUGUAACCUGUUGGUGGAAAAAAUGGUUUCAAUAAUCAAAAUUUGGAGUUCCAGACAUCUUUCCUUUGCAGGGAGGAUGCAACUGGUGAAUUUUGUGCUUAUGAGCAUUAGUGUCUAUUGGUCUCAGCUGUUCCUUAUUCCAGCCAUCAUUAUCAAACAAAAUCAAUGCAAUAUGCAGAUCUUUUCUUUGGCAGCAGUUGGUAAGCUGGCUUGGGCUAUUGAACAAAAACAAGACAAUCUGUGGGUGAAAUGGAUCCAUGCUCUUUAUGUGAAGAAUAAAAACUGGCAGCUUUUUGUCCCUUCUUUAGCUGCUAGUUGGCCUGUCAAAUUUAUUUGCAAGGUCAAGAGUGUAUGCAAUGACAAGUUCCAGGGGUCUGCUUGGCUUACUUCUUCCACUUACUCUAUCAAAAGCACCUACACUAGACUGUGUACUCAACCUGAUGUCACUCAUUGGUCCAGCUUCAUCUGGAACAGACUGACCAUGCCUAAACACAGAUUUUCUCUUUGGCUAGGUUUGCUUGACAGACACAAAACUAAAGCUAGGUUAUUCCAGUAUGGCAUACGGGUUGACAACCUGUGUGCUAUCUGUGGUGGUCGUCCUGAAACCAAUGGCCACUUAUUCUUUGAAUGUUCUUACAGUUAUGACUGUUUGACUGAGGUGUUAACUUGGUUAGGUAUCAAGCACACCAGGAAAAAUGUGUUGCAAGUUCUUAAUUGGACAAGGAGAUACUGCAGAAAUGCUUUCAAGAGGAAAGUCAUAUUUGCUGCUGUUGCUGGUCUAGUUUACCAAAUUUGGAGAGCAAGGAACAACUCAGUCUGGGAGGGAGCUGUACCUGCAGCUUCUGUUAUAAUUCAAGCUCUAAAAAGUGAUGUAAAGCAUAGAAUCCAGCAAGUCUGUGAAAUAAACUAA